AUGGACCUGCUGCAGGUUCACUUGACUGUCGACAGUUGCGGGGCCAACAUGGAUGUCGUAAUGCUUGUUGUCUUGCUUGUACUCGCCGUCUGCCUGCUGUACACUCAUGUAUCUAAAGGCAAGCGGCGGCUGCCUCCUGGGCCGUAUGCCAUCCCGUGUAUUGGCAAUGUGAUUCAGCUGCUGCUCAAUCGGGAGAACCUGCAGCCGUUGUUCGAGCGUCUUCACCGACAGCACGGAAACGUGUUCCGCCUCCACCUGGGCAAUAAGCUGCUGGUUGUAGUCAAGGGCUUCGACGCCAACCACGAGGCGUUGGUACAGAGAGGGCUAGUGAUGACCGGAAAGCCGGCUUUGUUUCCUCAACAGAGCAACACAGGUGUGAUAUUCAGUCAUGGAACCCCUUGGAGAAAUGGGAGGAGACUCAUUCUUCGAGGACUCCGAGACUUUGGAGUGGGAAAAUCAUUACUUGACACGAACAUGACGGAGGAAAUGAAUCACAUCCUGGAGUAUCUCUCCGCCAACGAAGGGAGCCCCAUUUGUCUACGCACGUUCAUCCGGCAGGCGUCACUCAACGUAACAAGCAGCUUGGUGUUCGGACACAGGUUCGACUACAAAGACGACAAGUUCAAGUCUAUGUUGGACCUACUAGUACAGAUGUUUGCAUUUGCUGAAAACUGGAAACUCCCGUUUAUGACGUUUCUGGGUUUGCGCCAUCUGCCUUCCGUCAGAGAGAACGUGAUGCAGUUUUUGCGGGGAUUCAGUAAUGUGUUCGCUUUGGUCAAGGCUGACGUCAAGGCACGCGAGUCAACAUUCGACCCAUCGGAUGUCCGAGAUUUCCUUGACACGAUUGUCAUUCAGAAACAGGAGAAUUCACUGCCUUAUAGGGAGUCUGUUCCUAUCCUAAUGGACGUGUUGGUGGGAUCUGUGGGGACAUUCUCCGCCACCCUGGACUGGUUCCUUCUGUACAUGGUGCGGAACCCUGAUGAGCAGGAUCGAUGUCAGGAGGAGAUUGAUCAGAUAAUAGGGAGGGGUCGGCCCGUGAGACUGUCAGACCGAGCAAGUCUCCCCUAUGUACAAGCCACGGUUGCCGAGGUGCAGAGACUGGGCAGUGUUGUUUCCUUUACACUGCGGCAGAAUCUAGAGGAGACGACUAUCAACGGAUAUACAAUUCCCAAAGAUACGACGGUACUGUGUAACCUCCAGUCGUGUCACACAGACAUCAAGUACUGGCCAGACCCUCAGAUGUUCAGGCCAGAGCGAUUCCUGGACUCAGAGGGGCGCUUCAACAGAAAACAGCCGGCAUUUCUUCCCUUCUCAGCAGGUCCGCGUCAGUGUGUUGGGGAGAUUCUGGCCAAGGACCAGCUCUUCAUCUUUACUGUUACGCUACUGCAACACUUCAAAUUCUCAAGGCCGGAAGGAGAGGUUUUGGACGACCAGCAGACUUUCAUCUCGGCUCGAUGUGCCAGGCCAUUCAAGAUCGUUGCAACCAAGAGACAGUAA